ACGUCCAUCUUGUUGAACUUGGCAACUUACAAGUUGCACGUAAAGGAACGGCAAAUUGUUUCACUGCGAUAUGAUAUCGUUCUUCUCAAAACUUUCAUUGAAGAAUACAGAAAAGCCGGUUGAAGAGUUAGCCAAAUCUGCGUAUAUGGACAAAAGUGCGACCUUACAGGAGCUCGGGUAUAAAGACGAUAAUGACCUGAGAGAGACAAUAUACGACUUUUUGCGGACAAUACGAGAUCCGGAGAAGCCAAAUACGUUAGAGGACCUCAAGGUUGUUUAUGAAGAGGGAAUUUUUGUUAAGGAACCCACAGCGGACAAAGUACCAGUACUGCGAGUGGAGUAUAACCCCACAGUGCCACACUGUUCACUUGCUACACUUAUUGGACUGUGCAUAAGAAUAAAAAUUCUAAGAUCCAUACAUCAUCCCGUCAAACUAGACAUUUACAUCAAGAAGGGAGCACAUACCACUGAGGAUGAAAUUAACAAACAGAUCAACGAUAAAGAGAGGAUUGCAGCAGCGAUGGAAAAUCCAAACUUAAGAGACCUCGUGGAAACUUGCAUUGCUGACGAGGGAUAGAUAAAAUAUUUUAUUAAACAUUAUAAAUAGACUUUAGAUUGUGUCUUUAGUGUGGUUUAUAUUCUAUUCUUAUAAAUAAUAA